GCUAUAAACUUGAGGCAUAAAUAAUGUCCCUCUGAUUUUCAAUGCCAAGGAAAGACAACAAACAAUCCCAAAUCAUCUCCAUAAUUCCCACCUGUAAUUCACUUUCGAUUCUCUACACCUUUCGAUUGUUAGACCAGCCGGAGUCAAUAUCCUCAUCGAACGGCUCAGGUACCAUGGAACAUAGACAUUUAUCCAAUGGAUCACAAUUCUUUGGAAUUGAUUGGAAUCAAAGUCGAAAUCAUGUUUCUUCUGGACAGCCCUACAUUCAUAUCGGAGGGGCUAUUACUUCAGAAAAUGGCUGUUUUUCUCAUCCUGUGGAAAGUGUUCCAAGAAAUGGACAUAACAAUACAUCUCAGCUAAACCUGGAACGCAGAUUAAUGGAUAGAUCUUCGGCAAAUUUCAGGUUGGAAGGUCCACAAAUUAACACUUCCCUCUCCAGGCCCUAUUAUGAUGUCUUUCCACACUUUCCAUCCAGCAGAAACUUUAAUCCAGCAACAGAGAUUAAUCCUACCCAUGCGCACUCAAAUCACUUCAAUAGCCGCAUUAUCCAUGAAGUUGAUGGUGGUCUCCCAGAUGGUACCAUCAGCACCAGAAGAGGACCAUUCAAGAGAAAAAUCCCUAGCGUCACAUAUGAAAGCAGCAGCACAUGCAAAUUUUAUGGUGCAGGAAGUUCCUCCAACAGCUCCAACUCUUUUCAACUUCAGCCUGGGAAACCAAGUUCAGAUUAUAGAAAUCACUCUUCAGUCUCCAUUGGCUUGCGUCCCCAUAGGAGUGCCAACCUGUCAAUUGGUGCUGAAGAUUCUUCUAGGAAUGUGAGAAGCAGAUCUAGACUCGAUUUGGAGCCCAUGACGAGAAGAAGUUAUUCAUCAACUUACUCAUCUCAUCCUUAUGGUUUGAACUUCCAUCUGCAAGACCAUCACAGACCAGUAGAGUUUGCCAAUUUAAACACACAUGCAACUGCUUGCGAAGAGAAUCAUGUCAGGGUUACUCCUGCACAUGGAAGAUUUCAACCUUCAGCAAAUAAUUCCCUGAGCCCUGAGAUGCAUCAGUAUCAUGGAGGGAAUACUGCUGAUGUUGGUGGUUAUUACCAUGGACCAACCCCAAGGAGAAAUCAUGUUUCACCUCCACAAUAUCUUGACAGUGUCCAUUCUCACCUGGUGAGGGAGGGUCCUAGCUGCUAUCCCCAAAGAGGUCUUCCUUCACAAAGGAGCAAUCUAAUUUCUCCAAAUCUGGUUCAAGAACCAGCUGCUUCAGAAAAUGGUCAGCAGUUUCUUUUGGAAACCUGUCCUUCCAGAUAUUCAAGGCCAUUGUCUGCUCGAGGCUGGCACAGAAGACACAGCGAGGGGAGACCAGAUAUAGCUAUAGAGAGAUUUCAGUCACUUCCCAAUUCAGUGGAUGCACCAGAUAGAAUAAGAUCUGAGGGUUCCGUGAUGUCAGAUGGAUCAUGUUUUUAUGGUUCCAGAAAUUUAUUUGAUGAAUAUCAGGAUAUGAGACUAGACACUGACAACAUGAGUUACGAGGAACUACUUGCUCUCGGAGAACGGAUAGGAAAUGUGAACACAGGAUUGUCUGAUGAUGCUAUUUCAGAGUGCUUGAUGGAGACGAUAUACCCUAUGGACAAAAAUGAAGAAGAACCAUCCUGUUGCAUCUGCCUUGAAGUGUACAAAAAAAUGGACAAAGUGGGGAAAGUGAGGAACUGUGGACAUGAUUAUCAUGUGGAUUGCAUCAAGAAGUGGUUAUCAAUGAAGAAUGUUUGCCCCAUCUGCAAAGCCCCUGCUCUUACUGAGAGUUCAAAUGGGCAAUGACUUGUAAAUGUGUUUGAAUUUUACCAAUUUAUCUUAUUCUUGUAAAUACUCAUGGAGAUUAAAGACAAGUACUAUUUGCAAACUAUUUGAUUUGAUUUCAGCAAAUUGUCUUAUACAUGCCAA